AUGGCUCACCGUCUGUUUGAAGGCAAAGAACAUGCUGCCUCAUAUUGGAAGUAUAGGAUUUCUCCUUCAGAUCACCUGAUUCAACAUGUGAUAAAUUUUGUGCAAAAACAGAGAACUGGGCCCUUAUCAGUGGCUUUGGAUGUUGGAUGUGGCUCGGGUCAAGGCACGGUGCUGCUAGCCAAGCACUUUGAGUCUGUGGUGGGCACUGAUGUGAGCCCUGCCCAGCUGGAGGUGGCGCUGCAGCAUGCUAAAAAGCCAAACGUCACAUAUAGACAGUGCAUGGCGGAGGAGCUGCCAUUCGCUGACAGCUCAAUGGACCUGAUAACAGCCAUGUCGGCCUUCCACUGGUUUGACAGACCUCGCUUUCUUCAGGAGGUCUACAGGGUCCUGAAGCCUCGUGGCUGUGUGGCGCUUCUCAAUUACACCAUGGACAUGGAACUGGAAUAUCCGGACUGCUCCCUGGACUCGCUCAACCAAGUGUGCAAAGAGUUUUAUGCAGCUUUAAUUCCUUACCGCAAUCCAUGCCUUGGUCCAAGGUCUAUUGAUUUGUACCGGGAAGCCUACAAUUCUAUCCCUUAUACCAAGAAAGAGUGGAAUGAGGGUGUGUGGGUGAAGCGGCCCAUGCCCCUGAGCAGCUACAUGGGCAUGGUGGAAUCAUUCUCCAGCUAUCAGGCCAUGCUGAGGGAAGACCCUCAGAAGGCCGCCAAGCUCUCGCAGGACAUAUGUGAAAGGUUGAUGUCUAUCAUGAAGGUGACCUCUGCAGAGACAGAAGUAGUGAUGGGGGUCAAGUAUUUUUACGUACUAGCGUGCAAAAAUGGCCCAGAUGACGUGUAG